UGCCAAUUUAUUAGGUAUCUGGCAGCGCGUUUAAUUUACGAUAAAGUUUAUUGGGUGUUGUUUUUCAAGAAAGUAUGUUUUUAUAAAGUAAAUGCAUUUAGAUUUUGUGAUUUAGAUUUUUGCAAUAUGAAUGGUUUAAUAGUAUUUAACAAUGCUAAUGAUGUGGUUUACCAUAAAUUCAACGAUAAACUUGCCAAGCAUAUCUAUAAGAUUGCUUCGGUUCAAGGUUUACUGUCAGAGAGUUUCGAUACAUCAACUGCUGCGCCGAUAGACAGUAAUAUAAUUUUGCAAAUCUUUAGUCCCAUUAUCAAUUCCCAACGCAUUAUGCAUUGUCAAUUUGAUAACACCUAUGCCAGUUUUCAAUGUGAGAAUGAUUUAAAUUUUGUAUUUGGCGAGUUGUUAGGCUAUCAGUUCGUGAAGGUUGCUCAGAGGUCGGUGGAAGUUUUGAAAAGGCAUGUCGGAGUGAUAAUGGCGUUAUCUAAGCAUUUUUAUGGAGCGAAUUUGUUUGCUAGCCAAGCCAGUGAAGUGCAGGAAGAAUUGUUUACUGGUUGCCUGGAAUGUUAUGAGGAUUAUUUAUGGCAACACGAUCAAAGUAUAAUGCUAGAAGCUUUGCCUCGCCUGCUCAUAAGUGCCGAACUACGAAAAAAUGUAAAAUUAAGCUUAGAAUCAGCUUUAGAGAAAUUAAAGGAAAUCGGUCAUACAAGAGCACAUGCUUUAAUGUUUGUAUCUCAUAAGUUUGUAGCUGUAAGUAGUACAAAACCGGCCAUACCCCUUAAUCCAUCGGAUUUGCUAUUUCUCACCUUAUUAACGAGAUCCUUGCAAAUGUCUACGCGCUCAAUAAACCGUUCAGUAGCCGUAUUUUUGCAAGGUUUAACGCAAGAUCCCCAUUCAGGCUGCAUUCCUUGCAUAGCUCAUUUGUCUCAAUUGGAAAAGGGCGUACAACUCAUACAGAUAGUCGAAUAUGCCAAUUUGGCAGUAGCUAGUAGUAUGUACGAUACAUUUUUUGUACUGCAAAAAAUUAUUUCUGUGCAAAUGCAAGGGGACUCUGAAGCCCUUAAACCGACUUACGAAAAUUUGGAAACCUUUGUACGGCAAACUUUGGAUGCUUUAAAAAAGUCAAAACUGAAAGGAGACGAUUUGGAAGCGUGCUUGAAGAAGUUCUCAGCCAAAUGGGAAAAUUUACGUAAAAUGUAUGGUGAGUUCUUGAAAACUUAUGAGCGUGAAAUUGUGGUACGCAUAGAAUCAAAUAUACCCUCGUUCAUGGAAGACCUUAAACAAUUAUUCACUUUGUCGUGCUGUGAUAGCUCGGCAAUGAAUUUUCAACAAUUGCCCGAGGUAGCCGCUGUAGCGGAAGGCAAGCUCUUGGAGUUCUCUGAAUUCUUGGCUGUUAAGGCCGAACGCAAUAUAUCGAUCGAAGCCUAUCUGGAAGAUUUCCCUGGACUUAUACAUUUCAUUUACAUCAAUCGUUCGUCUGGCUUGAUGAUUGCCCCAGAUCUUAAAUAUACCAAUCAGCUAAUACCUUCAGAGAAACUAUGGUCUAUGAUCGAAUAUACUCGUAAAUAUUUGAAAAAAGGCCAAACAACGCUCAUGUGGAAAGAUAAAUCGUUCAAUUAUGCAUACUUUUUAUGGUUCGAGGAUCAAACUACUGGUUCAAUUAAGGCCAUCGAUAUGCAGCAACAUUUUAUGGCCUCAUCUAACUCUAGAGCGGCGUUUAAGUGUCAAUUCGAACCCGGAUUAUUAGCCGGUGAUUAUUAUCAUCUUCUAACCGAGGUUUGCUUCCCGAAAGCAUUGCCCAGUAAAAUAAAAUGUUAUGAAUUGUUUUGCAUUCAUUUGGGUUUAGUUACUGCUACUUGUGCAGUAGAGCAUGCCCGACGUCUAGUGGCUACAAUUGCCGAUGUAGUAGGGGAGGAUUCAUUUUAA